AUGUCUAACAACACAUUCAAUGUCGCCGUAGUUGGCCUUGGUGCCCUAGGCAGCGGAGCAGCCUACCACGCCGCUAUCAAAGGCGCCAGCGUCAUAGGCUUCGAGCAAUAUGAGUUCGGAAAUGUUUACGGCUCAUCUCACGACACUUCUCGCAUUGUUAGAACAUCCUACGGAUCACCAGACUACGUUGCCCUCGCCCGCGCAGCCUACAAGGACUGGGCUGAGCUUGAACGUCGCAGCGGUCUUCAAAUGCUGACCAUCACCGGCGGCGUGGCAUUCUUUCCAAAGACUGUCAAACCUGAGAGCGAAUUGAACGAGUUUGAAAAGAGCAUGAGUGCUGGCGAGUUCACAAGGAGCCUGGAUGCGAAUGGUAUUCCCUACGAACUACUUGACCCUGAGGAGGUCAUGAAGCGAUGGCCGGCUUUCAACAUUCCCGAUGGUGUUCAGACGAUAUAUACUGCAGACUCGGGUAUUGUGCACGCAUCAAAGUCAGUUGCGGCAAUGCAGUAUCAGGCUCGUGCCAAUGGAGCAGUUUUGAAGGAGAAGACGCGUGUGGAUGGAGUCAUUCCCAAUAAGGAUGGAAAGGGUGUGACAAUAGAGACAUCAAAGGGUCGAUUCUAUGCUGACAAGGUCAUUUUGGCUUGCGAUGCAUGGAUCAACAAGCUUCUUGCACCUCUGGGCGCAGAGAUCCCUCUGACGGUCAUGCAAGAGCAAGUCACAUACUACAAACCAGCUGACCUCAAACCUUUUGAUGAGACUAGAUUCCCUGUCUGGAUCUGGGCUGGCGACCGGUAUUACUACGGAUUCCCCAUGUAUGGUGAGCCCGCCAUCAAAGCAGGGCGUGACACGUCGAACAAUCUCAUGACACCCGAGAACCGCACAUUUGUCCCCUCGGAAGAGCUGUUCAACGAAUUGACAUCGUUCGUGAGUAAUCUCAUUCCCGAAAAGGGUGAGCCACUACGGACUAUUACGUGCCAAUAUGCGAUUACGCCCGAUCGCCAGUUCAUAAUUAGUCCACUGAAGAACAAUCCCGAUAUCAUUGUUGGACUGGGUGGUGGCCACGCCUUCAAGUUUUCGCCAGCUAUAGGACGUGUUCUUGCGGAGCUUGCCAUUGAUGGAACGACAAAGGAAAAUAUCUCCAACUUUGGGAUUCCUAGAUCAUCAGCCGAGAAUAAGUCGAGUCGGCUAGAACAACUCGAAGAUAAGCUUGACAAUCUUAUUAGCACAGUUGUGCCCCAGUCCAUGCAAGAAACUACACCAUCUUCAACGUCUGAAAGACCAAACCAAGCGCUAUCCUCCUCAGCAAUUACACCCCAACAGCAACCACUAUCGACACCUGUAUCGGUUGAUUUGCGUGCGAAAGCAAUCGGCUUUUACUUUCAACACAUCCAUAGACAACCUUUGUGGCUAUUCGAUGACCCUCUCCAAGAUCUUUCAGAUGCUUUGAUCCAUGCUAUAAUGGCCCUAUUCUCUACCUUCUAUGCCUCGUCUCUCGACAAACAAGGCGUGGAGAGCCCUGGUGUUUACUAUAAAGCUGCCCGUACAAGUGUCAUGCUCACAAUUGCUCAAGGAAGUAUGACAACCCAGAGUAGCCAGAUACUCUGCUUGUUGGCGUACUAUAACUUCGUUAUUGGUGAUGUCACUACUGCUGGUUUUGAUAUAUCCGUUGCCAAGAGCAUGCUUCAGCUAGUUCCAGAUAACGAGCGAGACCCGGUCGAAUUACUGAGUCUUCAAGCAAAAUCAAGGGUUCUUUGGAGCAUUCAAUUUCUGAGCUACACGUGCGGGGCUCCCAUUCUUUUACCUUCGGCUCUUCAAGACAUCGACGCACCGCGCAGUGGUUUUGUUGAUGUUGAUGUUGAUGAGGAAAUGUUUGACAACUAA